UCUCUUUCUUUCUCAAAAAAAAAAAAAAGUAUUUCCUUUUUCUUCGUCCAAAAGAAAUUUCCCGAGAAAAUUAAAUCCUUGUCUUAUAACCCAGAUCCAAUAGAUCAUCGCCCCCAAAUUCUUUGCCCAUAAAUUCGUUCCUUUUGGAUUCUUUUUCCCAUAUUCCCCUUUACCGGGGCAAUCAAAAUAUAGCCUUUUUUUUUACCCCCUUCUAUACUACUGAACUUGUAUCUCCUUAAAAAUUUCUCUUUUCUUUUUCCCACCUUGAAAAUGCAGCUUGAUGGUCCCAAAACGUUUGCCUUGGUUCACUGAUUAAUGGGUAUUCCGUAGUUUCUCAGUCAAGUUUGCUCCUUUUGUUUAUUAUCCCUUUAGUCACUAAAGAGGUUAACGCCUUUUUGUUCUUUUAAGGGAGCUUUUAUAAGGAUUUUAGAAACUGGGUUUUGAUCUCUGGAGUUGAUAGUUAAUAAUUUUGAUCGAUCUGAGAACUAGUUUAAAGAGAAGGUUAUUGAGUCAAUUUGUCAAUAUUAGUUUAGUGAAAUAAGAGGCAAGGGUGUUUUUCUUUCCCUUUACUGUGAUAUAUAGUUGAGUGUGCAAAGUUUACUAAGAUUAGAUCAUGGAACACAUUAUUGGUGGAAAAUUCAAGCUUGGUCGAAAGAUCGGGAAUGGAUCAUUUGGUGAACUUUAUUUAGGCGUUAAUGUUCAAAGUGGAGAGGAAGUGGCUGUUAAGCUGGAACCUGUCAAGACCAAACAUCCUCAACUUCACUACGAGUCAAAGCUGUACAUGCUUCUUCAAGGAGGGACUGGUAUUCCUCAUUUAAAAUGGUUUGGAGUUGAGGGUGAAUACAGUAUUAUGGUCAUUGAUCUUCUUGGACCAAGCCUUGAAGAUUUGUUCAACUAUUGCAACCGGAAGUUUUCUUUAAAAACGGUUUUGAUGCUGGCAGAUCAGUUAAUAAAUAGAGUUGAGUAUAUGCACUCUCGUGGUUUUCUUCACCGUGACAUAAAGCCUGAUAACUUUUUGAUGGGUUUAGGGCGCAAAGCAAAUCAGGUAUAUGUAAUUGAUUAUGGCCUUGCAAAAAAGUAUAGGGAUCUUCAAACGCACAAGCACAUACCAUACAGGGAAAACAAGAAUCUUACAGGAACAGCUCGAUAUGCAAGUGUUAACACUCACCUUGGAGUCGAGCAAAGCAGGAGGGAUGAUCUCGAAUCUCUUGGUUAUGUGCUUAUGUACUUCCUUAGGGGAAGCCUUCCAUGGCAAGGUUUGAAAGCUGGUAAUAAAAAGCAGAAGUACGACAAAAUUAGUGAAAAGAAGAUGCUUACCCCCAUAGAGGUCCUUUGCAAAUCAUAUCCUUCUGAGUUCACAUCGUACUUCCAUUAUUGCCGAUCACUAAGGUUUGAAGACAAACCAGAUUAUUCAUACCUGAAGAGGCUAUUCCGGGACCUUUUCAUUCGAGAAGGUUAUCAGUUUGACUAUGUAUUUGAUUGGACCAUGCUGAGAUAUCCACAGGCUGCCUCUAGCUCAAGAGUACGGCCAAGCCCAAAGCCGGGUUUAAAUCCCCAAGGCGUAUCUGCUGAAAGAACCGGAAGGCCUUCAGUUGGUCAAGAGAUUCGAGAAAGGUUCUCUGGUGCUGUUGAGGCAUUUGCAAGACGGAAUGGAUCAGGGCAUGGUGAUCAGUCUAGACACAGAUCUCCCGACAAUGUGCUAUCAUCCAAAGAAAUGCAACCUGGUUCUGAUAGGGCUCACUCUUCCUCGAGAAAUGGUAGUACUUCAAAGAGGCCUGUUGUAUCAGGCAGCCGACCUAACUCCUCUGGUGAGCCUAGUGACAACCGGUCUAGCAGAUUGGUCUCAAGCAGUGGUCGCCUGUCAACAACUCAGAGAGUUCAACCUGGGUUUGAAUCCAAAUCAUCAACUUUUACUCGUACUACAGCCACGAGAAGUAGCCGCAACCAUGCCCUUAGGAGCUUUGAGUUCUUGACAAUCGGAAGCGGGAAAAGGAAAUAAACAGCACUACACAUCUAGUAAGGAUUUGCUUGUCUUGAAGGAGAUCUCCGCACUAUUUCGGUAUCUACAAACAGUUUACUCUCGUGUAUCAGUGCCCACAAUUUGGUUCCAUCAAGAACUGCAACAAUCUCCUUCCUCGUGCACCCUUUCAGGUAUUCUCACUAGUAUCAUGCCCCUCUAGAUUGUCAUUGAAGAAAAAAGAGAGAAAUGAUAUCAUGCUCACCUUAGGGAAAAUUGUUCAUAUAUUUUCCAAGUUUCAACUAUUAUUCUAGCUGUAAUAAAACACUUGAUGUUUCUUUUUUUUCAUUAGAAGCAAACAAGAACAAAUGCCUGAAAAGUAUAUUAUAGCAAAGACACUAUGGCUUUUAUGUGUCAUCUACAUUGGAAGUAUUGUUCUCUUCGAGUCCUUUGAGGCUUUGGUUCGAACCAAGGAUCAUUUUUCGCAACAUAAGUAUUAAGUACUGGCUGAGCUAAGUUUGUAAUUUACUGUUAAGAAAAAUGGAUGUUGCUAUGAUUAAAAAUUUAACAUGGGCUAUGUUGUUAAUCA